AUGGAUAACGACGUUGUUGCACGAACAAAAUUCAUGGGUUUUCUUCAGAAUGUUUCAGAAGAAGUGUUUCAUCCUUCGAUUCUGGCCGAAGACAAAUCAUUCAAAAAGAUGCAAAAGGAAUGCGAAGAAUGGGCAAAACUCAAGCUGACUUGCGAUCGGUUGUUGGCUGAUGCUGGAAAAAUGGUGGAAGGAAAAACAGAAAUUGGGCAACGAAUCUACAUGAAUAUGGAAGUAAGAGACACGAAGCACGUAGUUGUAAAACUAGCAGAAGAUGUACUUGUUGAAAUGCCUUUGCGAGAAGCAAUGAAAGUGUGCGAUCGGAAGAUGGACAUGCUCAAAAAUAUGAUGGAAAAGACGCAAAACAAUAUCACCCGUCUCAAGACUGAUCUCACGAUGCUUCUCGCCACGAUGGAUUUGCCUUAUGUGGAGCCGUAUAAAUUCAAAUUACCAAAAGAUUUUCCAUUCAGAAUGGAUGUGCAUUAA